UCUACAUCGAUAGUUCUGUUGGAAUCCAGCGUGCAGGCCACAGUUUCACAUCUGCGCCUCUCUGUUGUUCACUCAGGUAGGAUUGGAUUUGAGCACAAGCUCAUACCUCAACAAGAAUGGCUAUCGCGAUCGUCAAGAUUGGAAUUUCAUUGAAAUUGCUACCAAAUAACAGUGCCGUGUUCUUCAAAUCGGACGGUGCGAGAUUUGGCCAAACCAGGACGAUUAAAUUGCUAACGGGGUCAAAGUACAAGAUUGAAGUGGUUGUCAAGCCUGGGGCUGCAGAGGCAACCACCAUGAGUGUAGGUGGAGUCACCUUCCCCUUGGAGCAGAAGUCUAGAGACCCCCAGUCUGGGGUCUACACCGGCAUCUAUGACACAGAGGGCAUGACUCACACCAAGAGUGGAGACAGACAAGCUGUACAGAUCAGCUUGCAGUUCACAGAGGUGGGCUCUUUUGAGGUGGUGUGGCAGGUGAAGUUCUACAACUACAACAAGAGGGACCACUGCCAGGGGGGAAACAGUUUCAACAGCAUCGAGUACGAGUGCAAGCCCAACGAGACACGCAGCCUGAUGUGGGUCAACAAGGAGCUGUUUGUCUGACCGACCAACCAACACAGACAGCAUCAGGGUUGUGUUCAUUAGGCACCAAACGGAAGAUAACGUAGUGAAACCGGGAGGUACUACCUGAAAUUACAAAAGCUGAAGAACAUAGGCCCAUCCAGGUAUUUUCCGCAGGUGCUGGAGUUGUAGGAGAACUCAUGGAAAACAGAAAGGAAAACGAAGCACCUGAAAUUAGCCAAUAAAAUAGCCUGUUUUAGUUUUCCGUUGUAAAAUGUUUUGCUACGGUGUGCCCCUAAUGAACACGUAUAUAUUUUUUAAACAAUAUAACUUACUAUGAGAUAUGUAGCGAAAAUGCAACCAAAUGUUGUAUAAUUGUCAGAGCAUCGUUGAAUGUAACUACACAUUUAAACAGAUUGUGAGAACUGGAUAUGUUUUUUUAAAUGUAAAUCAUGGUAGCUUUAACAUUUUGUGGAUGUAUUUGAAUAGUAAAUAUAUUUGG